UGUGUUCAACAAACUUUCCUUUCUCCCAUCCUCGCCACAAACCUCACAAAGUUACAACACAAACGGACGACAGUGAUGGAGCACAGCCUUAACAACUCUCCUCCUAACCUCAACAGAUUUCUCCAGCUGGACCCCUACAUGAAACCAUAUGAAGGAGACAUUCAGAGAAGGUACCGGCUGUUUGAAGAGCGUCUUGCUUGGUUGGAGAAGGAUGAGGGAGGCUUUGAUCAGUUCACACAGAGCUACCAGUCGUAUGGGGUGCAGAUGCAGCUUGGUGGUGGCCUGCUUUUUAGGGAGUGGGCUCCUGGUGCCCACGCUCUCUUUCUGACUGGGGAUUUUAAUGCAUGGGAGAAGCUGUCAAACCCCUUCACCCCAAAAGCGUUUGGAAAAUGGGAGCUCUCCCUUCCUCCCAAAGCAGACGGCUCUCCAGCCAUCCAGCACCUGAGCAAGCUAAAGCUCGUGAUCAAGACUAAAGAUGGAGAGUAUUUGUUUCGGAUUUCCCCCUGGGCAAAAUAUGUUACUAAGACACUGGACUCGGUAACGUACGACUGGAUUCACUGGGACCCUCCACAUCCUUAUAAGCACCAGCACCAGAGACCUUUGCGGCCCCGCUGCCUGCGCAUCUAUGAGGCUCACGUGGGCAUUGCCUCGCCCCGUGAGGAGAUCGCCUCUUAUAAGAACUUUACCCUUGACGUGUUGCCCCGCGUUAAAGAUCUGGGAUAUAACUGCAUUCAACUUAUGGCAGUUUUGGAGCACGCUUACUAUGCAAGCUUCGGCUACCAAGUCACAAACUUCUUUGCAGCCUCCAGUCGUUUUGGCACUCCGGACGAUUUGAAGGCUCUGGUGGAUGAGGCCCACUCUUUGGGCAUCACUGUCCUUCUGGACAUGGUGCACAGCCAUGCGUCUAGCAACACAGAGGAUGGCCUGAAUCAUUUUGAUGGGACGGACUCCUGCUUCUUCCACGCAGGCUCCAGAGGAGAGCAUUCGCACUGGGGCAGCCGGCUCUUUAACUAUGGCAGCUGGGAGGUGUCACGCUUUCUCUUGUCCAACUUGCGAUGGUGGGUGGAUGAGUACGGUUUUGAUGGCUUCCGGUUCGAUGGCAUUACAUCCAUGCUCUACCAUCAUCAUGGCAUUGGUGUGUCAUUUUCAGGGAGUUACAGCGACUACUUUGGCAUGCAUGUGGAUGAAGACGCUGUGGUGCAUCUCAUGCUGUCCAAUUAUACCCUGCACAAACUCUACCCAGAAUGUAUCACCAUAGCCGAGGAUGUUUCGGGGAUGCCAGGCUUAUGCAGACCGAUCCAAGAGGGCGGGCUGGGCUUCGAUUAUCGAUUGGCCAUGGCCGUUCCUGAUAAAUGGAUCCAGAUCCUUAAGGAGGUGAAGGAUGAAGACUGGGACAUGUGGAACAUCGUUCACACACUGACCAAUCGGAGGAGAGGCGAGGACUCCAUCUGUUAUGCUGAAAGCCAUGACCAGGCGCUGGUCGGAGACAAGUCGUUAGCCUUCUGGCUGAUGGAUAAGGAGAUGUACACUAACAUGAGCACGCUGAUCGCCAUGACGCCUGUCAUAGACCGCGGCAUGCAGCUGCACAAGCUCAUCCGGCUCCUCACUCACAGCCUCGGGGGGGAGGGCUACCUCAAUUUCAUGGGUAAUGAGUUUGGACAUCCCGAAUGGCUUGACUUCCCUAGGAAGGGAAACAACGAGAGCUAUCGCUACGCCCGCCGCCAGUUCAACCUGGUAGACACUGAGCACCUGCGAUACCGGCAGCUUUAUGCUUUUGACCGUGACAUGAACCACGCAGAGGACGAGUACGGCUGGCUGAGCUCUGGCCUGGCUGUGGUAAGCACUCUGGAUCAAGCUGAUAAGGUCAUCGUGUUUGAGCGAGCGAAGCUGCUCUUCAUCUUUAACUUCCAUCCCAGCAUCAGCUACAGCCACUACAGAGUGGCAGUCCAGCAUGCUGGGAAAUACAAGAUCCUGCUGAACUCUGAUGAGGUACAGUACGGCGGGCAUGGGCGAAUCCAGCAAGACACCGAGUUCUGCUCUGAGCCUUUGGCCUUUAGGAAUCGACCCAAUUCAUUUCUGAUUUACAUUCCAUGCAGAAGCGCUCUUGUUCUAGCUAAUGAAGACCAUGAUUAUGACCAUUGAAUGCAGUGUGUGGAUGGAGUCCAGCUGAAGUCACUGCAGUCCACACUCCUUUAAACCAGGGAUUUCUGCAUAAAGUAAUGUAGCCAUUCAUUUUGUUGGAUAAGUGCAAAUUCCAGAAGCCCCUUGAGCCAAACAGUGUAGUUUUAACCUCCUCACUCUACAAACACUGAAAUAUGAAACAUUACAUGCUUAGAAAUAUCCUUCUUUUUUGUCCUUUCUGUCUGUUGGUUUGUGCAUUCACAGCUGCGCCUGCCGAUUUGACAAGGACAACAUGCCCCACUCACUUCCCUCAGUAUUUCUUUUUUUCUUUUUCACAGCACAAGCUGCUACUUUAUUGUACCUAAAUGAAUCCCUGAUUCCUGCUUCAUACAUUGACAAAGAGAUGGUUUGUUUUGUUCCAGAGAAAACAGAGAUCUUUGACCAUGAUUCUUUAUCCACACCCCCUCCAAUCUGUGCUACACAUUCACUCAAGAGCACAGAACCACUUCCACUGUUCCAAAAUCAGGGCUGAGAAUAAACACCAGGUGUUUCGGUAGACACGUUCCAGCUUUAGCAGGUGAUUUUACUGCAUUAUGGUUCUUUAAGCAAAUGAGCAGUGAAAUGUGAAAUUGGAAAACUGGCAGUUCCUUUAUUGUUGAUAUUUUUUAGGAAUGCUCCAGCAUUUUUCAAUCUGCUGCAUCUAGAACACAGGCUUGAUUACACAAUAACGCAUUGCAGUAAUGUGAUUCCUUUUUGUUGUAACAAAGUAGUGUAAAACAUUACAGUUACUGACUUAAUAAGAAUUACGUUUCUUGUGUAACGUGUCUCCAAAAGAACAAAAGUAAUUAGGUGUGAAACAAUUUUAUAUAUAUUAUUUAUAUAUAUUAUUAUUAUAUAUAUUUCCUCUCUAUAGAUUAUCUGUGCGUAAUAUUUACAUAUAAGGGCUACAUGCAGCCGCCUACUGUGUGACUUUGAACACAUGUGAGUAACUUGGAAAGUGCUGUAAAGUUGGCCAACAAUCUGUCAAACCAGCAUUAAUGCAAAAGUUUGGGCACUCCUGGUCAAAUUAUGUUUUGUUGAUUUUCUGAGUGAAAAUAAGUUAACACAUCUGCUACAGACACACUUCUGCACGUUUAAUGCCCUAAUGCUGUUUAUGUGCUGCAUUAGACAUAUUGGGAAAAAAUAAACCUAAAAUGUGGCCUGUGUAAAGGUAUGACACACUUCGUUUAUUUGCCUUUAACAUAAAAAUAAAACAUUUCACUUCAAUUUGCAGAAAAAUGCAGUGUUUAAGGUUUUCCAUCUAAAGGUUGUGUUAACGUAUUUUUUUAACUUAGAAAAUCAAAACAACAGGUUCACCUUUUGCAUAUGUCUGUUAAUGGGACUGAUAAAGAUAUCAGUGCUGAAGAAGAGAGAACUCCAACCUCACCUGAACAGGUCAGACUUUAUUUUCAUUCAGAAACAGCUCUGUAGGCAUUACAUUUUAUUCUUAAAGAUUUUAUUUCGAGGCAGCUAUUUUUGAACUGUUUCUGCAGGCUAGUUUUUCAGCUUUUACCAUUCAUUCAAAUCAAGCAUGUACAAGCAUAUAUCUUGUUCAAGGACAGUAACAUGUCUUGUAAAUGAUGUUUACUUUG